AUGUCAUUGAAACUUGCAUCAAAAACUGUGAUUGAUUCAUUUCAUUUUGAUCAGACACCUAUUUAUGUUAACAGAGAUGGUGAACUUAUUGUUAAUAGGGCAGUAAGAAGAAUGCCUAAUGGAGAUUUAUGUCAAUUCAUGAUUUAUAGAAUUCAAACAGAUAUUAAUUAUUCAAGUUUAAACACAUCAAUUCAAGCAAAGGUUGAAAUUUUAAAAAUUAAUCAAUUACAUAUUUAUAAUGAUAAAACGAUUAUAUCCAAAAUUCCUACUUUAAGAGAGAAAGAUCAUCCUUAUGUAUUAAAAUGUUGUGGUGGAUUUUUUGCAUCACCAUAUAAUACAUUAGAAUAUUGGAUGAUUUGUGAAUAUUCAACAAACACAACAUUGUUUAGUUAUAUGAAAAAGAAUGAACCAUUCUUUUUUGAUGAGGUAAUGACAAUUGCAUAUCAAUUAGUUAAAAUAAUGAAUUAUGCAUAUAUCGAAUUUAGACAAACAUAUAUUCAUCUUAUCCCUCAAAAUAUAUUCUUAGGUAGAGACCCUUCAUCUCCAUUUCCUCAAGCCAAAUUAUCUCCGUAUGCUUUUAUUCCUCAUAAAGGAUAUGAUGAUAUUGAAGAAUUACCAUUUGUACCAGUUGAUUAUAUGAGUGGUAUUAGAGCUGAGUUAGUUAGUACAUGGUCAUUUGGUGUAAUAUUAUACAGAAUGAUCACUGGUUAUAUCCCUCAACAUGAUGAAAAUGGUAUCAUCUUACCAAAUGAGUUAUUACAUAUUGAAUCAGUUGAAGCAGUUGAUUUAAUACGUCAAUGUAUUAAUAUUCCUUUUAAGAGACCUUCAGUUGAAUCAAUUAGAGGACAUCCACUUAUACGAUUAUGUCGUCAACACACUAAACUACCACAUACUAACAAUGAUUAUACAAUCAUAUCUACUAUAGGAAGAGGACAAUUUGGUUCAGUCUUGCUUGCUGUUAAUAAAUAUACUGGGGAACAAGUUGCUAUAAAAGAAAGUUUUGGUCCACAAAAUACAUUUUUACAAAAAGAUGCAAGAACAAUGAUGUGUUGUUUAUGUCAACAACUUGUUCCAUUUCUGGGAUAUUUUGAAUUACCAUAUUCUUUAAGUUCAUUGAAUGAUAAUUCCUUUAGUUCACCACCAGAACUCCAUUGUUAUCUUGUGAUGGAAUAUUGUGAUGGAGGUAAUUUAGAAGAAUUUAUUAUGAAAUUUCCUGGGUUAUUACCUGACAUUUACAUAAAACACUUUUUAGGAGAUAUUGCACUAGGAUUACGUUAUCUUCAUUUUACAAAAGGAUUAGUUCAUAGAGACUUAAAACCAGAAAAUUUUGUGUUAUGUACACAAUCAAAAAAUGGUACAUUACUUCCUGGUGAGAUUCCAAGAAUUAAAAUUACUGAUUAUGGAUUUAGUAGAGCUAUUCUUGACGAUAAAAUAGCUAGUGAAAAAGGAACGUUAUUAUUUGAAGCACCUGAAAUAUUAAGACAUGAAGGAUAUUAUACUUCUAAAAGUGAUUUAUAUAGUGUUGGAGUUAUUAUCUAUCACUUAGUAACUAAAACAUGGCCUUUUGGAUGUUCAAAAGAAAGUUUUUUUGAAGAAAUGGCUAAACGAAGUUCAUUAAAAUUCCCUGAUACUAUUGUUAUAGAAAAAUCUCUUAAAGAUUUAAUGGUUCAUUUAAUUACACAUGAAGAAAAUGAACGGAUAGGAUGGAAAGAAUUCUUUCUUCAUCCUUAUGUGAGACAAUGCCUUGAAUUAAAAGGUGCAUCAAUGGAUUUUAAUCGACAUGAAAUAUAUAGUUUUAAUUAA